ACAGUCAGCUUCUUGCCGAGCGAGGAGACUCCAACUGAACAAAUGUUAUGUUGACCUCGGCCAACUAAACAGUCUGCAUCUACAGAUAACCGUGUGUCAUGUAUUCGUCACAAGUAAAUUAAUUAACACAUUUUUUGAAUCCAUUUAAAUGUUUUGCCACUUAUCUAAUGAGCUCGUUAUAAAUUCAUUACGAGACUCCUUAUCACCAAUUAUUGGACUUCAUAUUAAAACAAAGACGUCCAUUUACUUGACAAACAUAGAAACUAUUACAGAAUAAACAUAAUCGACGAACCAAUCGUAGCAUUCAGAUACGAGCGGUAUCGCAUUGUGGUAGCGACCUAUCUGGGCCGAGCGAUCGCGGCCCGCGCCUUCAUUGUCUCACAGCAGUGGUGAAACUAGAUACAGGGUGCUUGGGCGCAGAAGGACGUGCUGAUAACAGAUUACAGCGUCACCAGUAUCAGUUGAUCCUCCGCCGCGGCAGGAGCUCCUCACGGCCUGCCUGCUGUUGGCGACAUCGCGACAUCUGACCGACUGUGCAUGCGACUACACUAAUUGAAUCAAUUCAACGAAUGUCUUCCGUCGCUGAUUGCAGCUCCCUAGUGCCCUCUCCGAGUUAUAUUAGUGCACCGCGAGAUUCGACUCUAUCCGCAGUGUUAGUGUUGUGAAUAAGUGCUGGUGAUGUGAUACUUCCACAGGGGAACACUUCGACCUGGAUAUAUUGUGAAUAUCUACUACAAUCACAAUGGACAGAAUAUUUGAGAAACUGUUUCUGGCGGCUCUGUUGUGUGUAUGCAGCACACAAGGCAAGGAAAUGACAGAGAUCGAGGCGUUGGGCGCGCAGCCCACACACUGCACCUACGAAUACGCGUUCGAAAUGUACGGCGCACACUGCGCGGGCCGGCGCCUCAGCAAGGUACCCAAACUGAGGGGUGGCAUUGAGAUCCUGGACUUUAGCGACAACAAGCUGCAGGAGAUUACUGCCGACACGCUGUCUGGUUACACGAGCAUCAAGUUCCUGUACCUCGCAGACAACCACAUCUACCUCAUAGAGGAGGACGCACUCACGUCCUUCACAGACCUGCAGACGUUGGACCUCACCAACAACGUCAUACUGGAACUGCCCAACUCAAUAUUCUCACUACCAUCCCUUAGGAAACUGUACCUGAGAGGAAAUCCGAUUUUCUACAAAAAUAUGAACGCCCUCACAAUAGUGAAGCCGAUUAAAGCGCCACUGGAGCUCUUGGACAUAUCAGACUGCAAGAUACGAGAACUGCCGGAUUGGGGCUACCUGCCGCAGCUGCAGACCUACAACAUAUCACACAAUCCACUCGCGUCUCUCAACACGCACCACUUCGCUUCCAUGUGCAACCUAAACAAAGUGGACCUGACCGAAUCAUUAAAUAGCUUGAAGCUGUGCGGCAUCAGAUCCACAAUUCUAUGGUUCCAACAGAAGAGAAUAUUUUUCCAGUUGGAAGAUUAUUCUAAACUCAAUACUAGAGAGUUUGAAAACUGUCCGGUACCAAAAGACGAUGGAUCUCACAACGCCACCUUUCAUCAAUGUAAAGCAGAAUAUUUGCAGGUGCAAAGUAUAAGGACGUCGCGCCGCACGUGGCUGACGAUAGGCGGCGGGCUGGCGGGCUUCCUCGUCGGCUUCAUCCUGCUGCUGUACGUGAUGCACCGGCACAACGUGCGGCAGACCAAGACCACGGCCGAGAAGAUCAAGCACGCUACUCCGGCCGACGCAGACAGGAACGCCAGCGCCGUGCUCCUUAGCGACGUCGCGUAGUUACUAGAACCGACAUCUAUUUAUAUUCUUGCCUGAUAAUACGGCAAUCAUUUCAAUGCCUAGUACGCAAUUCGUAUGACAGGCGUAAAGAAGUUGCUUGAUAACAAAAGUGAAAUGUCGAGAUACGCCCGCCAUGAUUGCGAUUGACGAUUGUAAUACGUCCAAUUAUUUAUUUUAUAAAUGGUGAAUAUUCAGGGUAUUUAACGAACCAAAGAAUAUUUGGCAAUAUUUUAAAUUAACACUACAUAAUAUCUAUGUGCCUUGUAUGUCUAAUGCGGUGCUUUAGCGACAUACUAUUGCUAAAUUAAUAUGGUACCUACAAUUGCUUUUAAAUUUAGCACUAGCUCAGCUAACUUAUAGGAUUAACUAGCCCUAAUGUAGAAUGAAUACGGAUAUGGAAACGCUAGGUAGUAUGUAAAUCUUAUGUAUUAAAUAAUUAAUGAAUUAUGAAGAUGAUAUAGUGGUCAGGUAAACUUCCAUUACGCAUACUUCAGUAAAUAAAUUGAAAUGUACUAACUGAAGAACUUCAAAGCUAUGAAAGGCUGACUAGUUUUAAUAUUGUGCCAUGUCAUUCACCUGCAGCCUCGAGGAUUUUCAUGUAGUUGUAAAUGUUGUAAUAUCGUAUGUGGAGUGUCAUAGAUAGGAACCUUUAGGUAUGUGAGAUGUAAGAGUUGUGAUUUUGUAUGAACAAGUUAUGAAAACCUCACGUGAGUCUGUGCGACUGUUUUUAGUUUGGGUGUAAGAAUCAUGUAAACUAACAAGCGUUAACAUUAACCCAAAGAUUAAAAGUUAGGUUCAAAUUAUUUGAUUAUUUAUGCUAGCCCAUUAGUUUGCCAUAUUGUAUCUUUAAUUAUUUAAAAAUCAAUUGCUGUUUGUUAGUCUCGUUAAAACUCGAGAACGGCUGGAUCGAUUUGGCUAAUUUUGGUAUUAAAUUAUUUGUGGAAGUACAGGGAAGUAAGGCUCGGAUACCGGUUAAAUUUUCAAACCGUUAUUAUGUACUUGUACGCAAAACCUUUACAUUGGGUUUCGUUCGUGAAACCGGCUUUUUUAAACCGGUAUUUGGAACAGUAUUUUCAUAAAGGUUUUUUCGGAUUAACCGGUUUAGAGCAAUAAAAACCGGUUAAUACGACGCACAUCAAAGAAACGCCGCGCGCUGUUCAGCUUAUUUCAAUAAUAAUAUUUCAACGCGUGUACCGACAUGCCCCUCGUCGAAUAAACCGGUUAAUUUAGGUUAAAAUAAAGUUCUUUAAUGUUCACGUUCUUAAGAAAAGUUCGGAGGAAAACCGAUAUAAACCGGUAUUAACCGGUAUUUUUUAAACCGGUUCCGAGCCUUGCAGGGAAGGUUUAAAGGGUGAGAAAAAUAAAUGUUUAAGGCAGUACGAAGCUUGUUGGGUUAGCUAGUAUAACAUAUUUUCAAUAAAAUUCGAUUAAUAUUAUUAACUCCCUACAAUGAGUACAAAACUGAGGCUAUUUUUAGCAUUUAGCAUAACGCUUUGUUUCUAUGUAAUAAUAUCAAUUAUGUAUGCUUGAGUGUCGUCAAUAAAUGAUCAUAUUUGUGUGAUUUCAUGCAUAUCUUGUUACAUAUAUUUACAUUUUGAAGUCUCAAAAUAUUUUUAAAUAUAAUGUAUAAUAAUGAAGGUAUUUGUAUAAAGUGUAGGUGUGUGAGAAGAUGGUUUAACUAUUAUUAUGAAUCCGUAAUGAAGGUGUUUACGUGUGGUAUGUAUGUGUCAGUUGAUCUAAACAAGAUUACACUCACAUUUAACGUGUAAUGCAAAAACUAUUUGGAAGAAAGUAUGAGUCUUAUUAUUUUAUUGUACCUACAAUAUACAUAAGAGGAAAAUACACGAAUACUCAUCUAAAAUAGUAAAAAUAUAUGGUACUAUAUUGUCAUUACAUCACUGACAACAAAGUUUAUAUUUAUUUCCGUAAACUACAUACCUUUAUAGAAGAAUAUCUAUUCAAAUUGUUUUUCUUAUGUCUUGCAGGUUACUAUGAUUACCAAAGAUUUCACUGUUACUAUAUUAACACAUUGUAAUAUAAUUUGGUAUUUUUGUAAAAAAUGAUUAAAUUGUCUAUUUGUAAACUGUAAGUUAAAAUUCACUGUGAUAAGUAUUAAAAUUGUUACUAAUUA